UAGACGCAGCACUACAGGAGAUGCUGGAUACCGAAGCAGUGCGAGAGUCCCAGAGUCCGUGGGCCUCUCCCGUCGUCUUGGCUCCGAAGAAAGACGGCUCGGUACGACUUUGCGUGGAUUAUCGCCGCCUCAACGCAGUGACGGUCCCUCCCACUGAGACGGAACCAAAGUUGGUGGGAUUAACCGACAUCGUGGCCCGCACUUCGGAGUCACGGUGGGGGACGUUGGUGAGCAGAGCAGACCUCCGCAAAGCCCAGCAGGAAGAUGGACUUUGUCGACGUGUGUGCGAGAGGCUUGCGGCACGAAGAGCAAGCGGCACCGGAAGCGACGACGAGUACGACUCGUACCUGCUGAGCGAGGACGGACUUCUUCUCCGCUACAUCCCCCAGGCAGACGACGACACCGAUGGAUCGCCUUUCCGUAUCGUGAUACCUCGGAAGCUGCGCAAGGCAUUCAUCAGAUGGAAUCCUCCCGCACCUACGACCGCCGUUAUGGCACCCGAUUCUCGGCCCGCCACCCGAGCUUUUCCCGUGGCCGUCGUGACUACCCCCGCACUGCCAGCGUGGCCACGUGGACGGUCCUGGUCGAAAAGCGUCCCGUGGCAAACGCCUCCAGGCUGCCCUGAUGUCAAGGUACUUCUGGGCGGUGCAUCGCAUAUGAUGAAAUGCGUGGCUUUCCAUUGGGUCGUUGUCAAGCAUGUGUUCAGUGAGGGCGCUGAACACGUCCUUCCCAAUGAAUGA